ACACGGAUUUGUCAUUGUACGAUUCAUUUGUUACCAAGUUCAUAAUUUUCUUUCCAUUUCCUCCACCUGCCCAAUUCCUGGCCACACCAAUUCCUGGCCCCACCAAUUGGGCUUCUCAACUGUUUAGUCAACAACACCCGGUUUCAUCAUCUUUUCGCCUUAAAAUCCAUUCAGCAGCCACCUUUACCGCAAAAAUCAGUGAGCAGUGCGGCCCAAUUUCUUCAUCCUUAAUUCAUUCCGCAGGCCCCCUUUCCUGCAAAAAUCCGUGAGCAGUGACACCCAAAUUCUUCAUCUUUACGCCUUCAAAUUCAUUCCACAAGCCCCCAUUACUAAAAAAAUCUGUAAACACGAAAACCCAUUUCAACGGCGGUGGGGAGGAAGAACAAGAUGCGGUGCGAGCUGUGCAGUAAAGACAGCGCUUUGCGCUGCGAGGCGGACUGUGCAAAUCUGUGCUGGGAAUGCGAUGCAAAGGUGCAUUCAGCAAAUUUCUUGGUUGCGAGGCAUUUGAGGAUUGUUCUGUGUUGCAGAUGCCAUGGACAAACCCGCACGGCCAUUUGCGGGGCUUGCCCGAGGGCGAAAUUUCGUCUGUGCAGGACUUGCUCAGAAUUGGGCGAUUCAAGGCAAAAUGCGGACAUGAAAGUGCUUUCAGUCCUGAAAAGGUGGUGCAGAGCGCUGAAUCUGAGUAGCCCUUGGACGGUUUCUUUAGCCAUGAAUUUGGUUGAAAAAGGGCGGCUGAAACAGAGGAACUUGUCUAGGCAGAAAAUAAGAGUUUAUCUCGCUGCUGCGCUCUGGUCUGCUGCGUCACUCUGCGAAAAUGAGGGCAGUUUGACAUGCUUGAAGAGGGUUGAAGAAUGCAGCGGAAUACCAGUGAAAUUGAUCGUUUUGGCUCAGUCCCAGUUGUGCUCUUCUCUGGAACUGGAAAUUUCUGGGCAAGGGGAAGAGGGAUCGGCAGAGUGCUCAUCUUAGACAUAGAGAAACUGAUCGGCACUUGAAUACAAGAUUUGUCUAACAUAGAAACAAGAAUCAAUGACUUGUGGGCUUGGAAAAGUAUUUAUUUUGAGGAACACUUGGUUUUUAUUGGGGUGAGAAUUCAUUCUCUUGUUCCAGAGACAGGUGAAAGUAUUUUUGUCUCGUUGGUAAAUGAGUUGGCAUCACUUAGUGAUUUAUAGGUAAUUUAUAGCUAAGUGAAUAUCACUAAAUGAAUAAUAGUUUGAGAUUUUA